AGAUUAGAUUAGGUUUUGAUGCAUCCAUCCCGGUUUUGUCGCUGAAAUCAGAUCCCCAGUUCCCAUCAUUCCUCUCCAAUAACCACACACGAAAACUCCCACAAAAUUACCCCAAAUUACCCCAUCAGCAUCCCACUUUUUAUUUAUAACAACAAAUUCCUCAACUUCCAUUCCAAAUUCCAAAACCCCAAAUUCCACAGCUCUCUCUCUUUCUUUCUCUAACUCCAUGGAUGCCCAUCGCAGCCCUGUUUUAACUUGGGCUUAUUUCUUGCAAGCCAAGAACAUUGACGAAUUGAGGCAUUCUCUUCUGUGCACCACUGUGGAGCUGGAGCAGACCAGAAUUGCGGUUCAGGAGGAGCUGAAGAAGAGGGACGACCAGAUUUCACAUCUCAAAGAUCUGCUUACUCAAGCCAUUAGAGAACGCGACGAAGCCAACCAAAAAUCUGAAAAACUUCUCCAAAAACUCUUAUUUCCUGCUCCUGCUCCUCCUGUCGUCUCUGCAAUUUCCACCAUUGAAGACGAACCCAGAAGGGGAAUCGACUUCUCCUCCUCCGAUUGCGAAGAGAGCAUCGUCUCCUCUCCGAUUCCGGCCGAGAUCGCCGCCGACUGGCUCCCGGAAAAGCCACUUCCGGAGAAGGGUAGCCUCUUACAGGCCGUCGUCAAGGCCGGCCCGCUUCUGCAGACCCUCCUCCUCGCCGGACCGCUCCCCCAAUGGAGACACCCGCCGCCGCCGCUGGAAUCGUUCCAGUUGCCGCCGAUUGCAAUCCCCCUUCCGCCGCCGCCGCCGCCGCAAGCCCUGCCGUCAACUAAUUGUGGGAUAGUGAACAAGAAAAGGGCGUGCGAGGAAUUGGAGUCUCCAACAGCAACCAAAUUGCAGAGGCUUCUGUUCCACUAACUUCCAACAAAACCCAAUUGAAUUUAAUUAAACACCACUGAUAUAGAUCUUGUAUAGAAGUUAAAUGUUCUUCAAGUUCUAAUUAAGAGAUAGAGUAAAAGCUUGAUCUUGAGGGGGUUUUUUCUUUUUUUUUUCCUUUUUUGGGGGGUCCAUGAUAUAUGUGAAAUGGGCAUUUUAUUUUUCUGAAGAAUUUGGUGUGAUUAUAGUGAGUUUUAGAGUGAUAGAGUGAGGAAUGAGGAUUAAAGUUAUGUGGGUGUGGAGAGUAGUUAGGGGGGUGGGGAAAGUGUAUGGUCCUACAUAUCAGAAUCAGGAUCUUCUGCCUGCUGUUGUGCUUGUAUAUCAAAAAAGAAAUUUAGAGGAGGUUUGUUUUGUCUUAAUUUAAAA